AUGGCUUUUCUAAAUUUAGAUAAAGAGUUUGAAAAUCAAUUAAAUUUGGCGAGAAAAUUUAUAACAAAAAUUAAAGAUAAACAGGCAAUAAAAUAUAUAAGCGUAUUAACCGGUUUAAAAUCUGAUGAUCCCCUUGUUAAGAGAAACAGAAAUUCAUUUUUUAAGUAUUUCCUUCAGGUAUUGGAAAAUCAAUUAAAUGAAUUCAUGUCUGAUCCAAUAAAAUAUCUUCAAAAAGAAGUUUUGAAUACUGGUGGAAAAGUAACAUCGCACUGGUCUAAAGAUAACAGAUCAUAUGUUUCUGCUAAAAUGAUACCUGGACGAGGUGCACUUUUGUAUAUGGCAGUAUCAUCGAGUGCCCAACCUGAAUGGGAUAUUCGAACAGGUCCACCAAAAAUGUGA